UUAUGCAUGAGGUUUCGCGCGCUUUUGCUGUCCACGUGGUGCUCGUUUCCCGCGGAAUCCGGCUAGGCAAGGAGGUGCCGGGCAGCGGCGGGGAUGGCGGAUUCGUCCGAGUCGCAGAACGUGGCCACCAGCCCGGCCCGCAGCUCGCGCCGCGGAGAUGCCUUCACGUCCAGCCCCGGCCGGGACCUGCCGCCCUUCGAGGAUGAGUCUGAAGGGCUCCUGGGCACCGAGGGGGGCCCCGAAGAGGAGGACGAAGGGGAAGAGCUCAUUGGGGACGGGAUGGAAAGGGACUACCGAGCCAUUCCAGAGCUGGAUGUCUACGAAGCUGAGGGCCUGGCUUCGGACGAUGAGGACGUGGAGGAGCUGACAGCCAGCCAGCGGGAGGCGGCCGAGCGGGCAAUGAGACAGAGGGACCAUGACUUGGACCGUGGUCUGGGCCGCAUGAGGAGGGGACUGCUUUAUGAUAGUGAUGAUGAAGAUGAGGAUCGUCCUUCACGGAGGAGGCGGCUGGCUGAACGGGCUGCAGAUGGGAUGGAGGAGGAGGAUGAAGACAUGAUUGAGAGCAUUGAGAAUCUGGAAGACAUGAAAGGGCACUCGGUAAGGGAGUGGGUGUCAAUGGCAGCUCCCCGCCUCGAGAUCUACCAUCGCUUCAAGAACUUCCUGAAGACCCAUGUGGAUGACCACGGACACAAUGUCUUCAAGGAGAGGAUCAGUGACAUGUGCAAAGAGAACCGAGAGAGCUUGGUGGUAAACUAUGAGGACCUGGCUGCCCGGGAGCAUGUCCUGGCCUACUUCCUGCCUGAGGCCCCAGCAGAAAUGCUGAAGAUCUUUGAUGAAGCAGCCAAGGAGGUGGUGCUGGCCAUGUACCCCAAAUACGACCGCAUUGCUAAGGAGAUCCAUGUCCGCAUCUCCCAUCUGCCUCUGGUAGAGGAGCUGCGGUCCCUCAGGCAGCUGCACUUGAACCAGCUGAUCCGAACCAGUGGGGUGGUAACGAGCUGCACAGGGGUCCUGCCACAGCUCAGCAUGGUGAAGUACAACUGCAGCAAGUGCAGCUUCAUCCUGGGGCCCUUCUUCCAGUCUCAGAACCAGGAGGUGAAGCCUGGCUCCUGCCCCGAGUGUCAGUCUGUCGGCCCCUUUGAAAUCAACAUGGAAGAGACAGUCUACCAGAACUACCAGCGCAUCAAAAUCCAAGAGAGCCCCGGGAAGGUGGCUGCUGGGAGGCUGCCCCGCUCCAAGGACUCCAUUCUCCUUGCUGACUUGGUCGACAGCUGCAAACCAGGAGAUGAAAUUGAGCUCACCGGGAUCUAUCACAACAACUAUGAUGGCUCCUUGAACACUGUCAAUGGGUUCCCAGUGUUUGCAACAGUGAUCCUGGCAAAUCACAUCACCAAGAAGGAUAACAAGCUGGCAGUUGGGGAACUAACUGAUGAGGAUAUGAAGACGAUUGUGGGCCUGUCCAAGGAUGAACAGAUUGGGGAGAAAAUCUUUGCCAGCAUUGCUCCAUCUAUCUAUGGGCAUGAAGACAUCAAGAGAGGCCUGGCCUUAGCUCUUUUUGGUGGUGAGCCCAAAAACCCAGGUGGCAAGCACAAGGUCCGUGGUGAUAUCAAUGUCCUUCUGUGUGGAGACCCUGGCACCGCCAAAUCUCAGUUCCUCAAGUACGUGGAGAAAGUGUCUAGCAGAGCCAUCUUCACCACUGGCCAGGGUGCAUCAGCUGUUGGUCUGACCGCCUAUGUCCAGAGGCACCCAGUCAGCAGGGAGUGGACACUGGAGGCAGGAGCCCUGGUGCUAGCAGACAGGGGCGUCUGCUUGAUAGAUGAGUUUGAUAAGAUGAAUGACCAGGACAGGACCAGCAUCCAUGAAGCCAUGGAGCAGCAAAGCAUCUCCAUCUCAAAGGCAGGCAUCGUCACCUCCCUGCAGGCCCGCUGUACUGUCAUAGCAGCUGCCAACCCCAUAGGUGGGCGCUAUGACCCAUCGCUGACCUUCUCGGAGAACGUGGACUUGACCGAGCCCAUCAUCUCCCGAUUUGAUGUCCUGUGUGUGGUGAGAGAUACGGUGGACCCUGUUCAGGAUGAGAUGCUUGCCCGCUUUGUCGUGAGCAGUCACAUCAAGCAUCACCCUGGCAGCAAGGAUGUGGUGAACGGAGAUAGUCAGGAGAUCAUCCUCCCCAACACCUAUGGUGUGGACCCCAUCCCCCAGGAGGUCCUGAAGAAAUACAUCAUCUAUGCCAAGGAGAAGGUCCACCCCAAACUCAACCAGAUGGACCAGGACAAGGUGGCCAGGAUGUACAGUGACCUCCGGAAGGAGUCUAUGGCCACGGGCAGCAUCCCCAUCACGGUGCGUCACAUCGAGUCGAUGAUCCGCAUGGCCGAGGCGCAUGCCCGCAUGCAUCUGCGGGAUUACGUGGUGGAGGAUGACGUCAACAUGGCUAUCCGGGUCAUGCUGGAGAGCUUCAUUGACACGCAGAAAUUCAGCGUCAUGAGGAGCAUGCGGAAGACCUUCUCCCGUUACCUGGCAUUCAAACGGGACAACAAUGAGCUCUUGCUGUUCAUUCUGAAGCAGCUGGUGGGUGAGCAGGUGAUGUAUCAGAGGAACCGCUACGGGGCCCAGCAGGACACCAUUGAGGUGCCAGAGAAGGACCUGGUGGAUAAGGCUCGCCAGAUCAACAUCCACAACCUCACUGCCUUCUACGACAGUGAACUGUUCAAGAUGAACAAGUUCUCCCGUGACGUGAAACGGAAGCUGAUUGUCCAGCAGUUCUGAUGGCGGUGGCAGAGCCUCUACCCAUACCAACAAGAUGAGAUGUCGGUGCUGCUUCUGGCCUGGGAAUGUGAGGGGACAUGGGAACCCGGAGGACUAAGCUAUUCCCUUGCUUGCUUCAUGGCUUCUGAAUUGAGGGAGCGCUGAAGGACUUGUACAUACGACAGCCACGCCUGGAUAAAUCUGUUAGCCACAUCAGUAAUUAACUGCUUUGUCUUGUAGCUGAGCCCAGUGGGCAAGAAUAGCUGGUGACGAGACUUGGUUUUCAGAUUCGUCCCAGUUCCUUGGUGCUGAUCUCAGCUCGGAGGUUCCACCUGCAGGGUUGGCUGGAGCGGGAGCAGCAGAAGGCACCUGUCCUCCAAGCACUUGCCAGUCGGAUCCCAAAGGCCUUCUGUGUUCUUCCCUCCUGUCUCACUACUGCACUGUCUGAUGGGCAGCAACCAAGACUGGGUCAUGGGGAGUUGAAACCAACUGCUGGGGAGAUGGAAAGGUGCUGGCCUCUCAGCUCAGCUCCCUGGGCCUGACAGUUAGUGUUUCCCCAGGCCCCCUUCUUGGGCGUGCUUGCUGCUUGGCCUCAGCAGGGGCCUGGUGAGACUUCUAACGUGACAAAAGCAUGACAUGACAGUACGAGGCAGUCUGCUGGCCUCUUUUCCAUGUGUCUUGCCACUCCUGUAUGUUGUGGGGCAGUGCCCCAAGCCUCAAUGGGGUGUCAGGUGCCUUAAUGGGUGGCAUGGUCAGUCGUAAGGGGUGGGGGGAUGGGGUGAGAAG